CAAGAAAAUGUGCACUUUUUUUUAGAGAAACCCUGAGUCACAAUUUCCUUUGAUUUCUUGCUUAAAAUGCAUGCAUGUUAAGAAACAGAUUCUUGGAAAAGGGUAUUAAAAUUUUGGAUCGAUUAAUGCACUUUCAAAAUUCAUGUCAAUUCUUGAUUCUUGUUUCUUGAUUCUUGAUUCUUGAUUGAUUUCUGGAGCAUAAGAUUGCUAAAAAAAAAAAUUAGAGAUCAGGAAAACGACGAAUUUCUGCUAAAGAUGUCUGGUUUCCUGGGAGCUGUGGUCUCUGAUUCAUUGCUUGAGAAUCGAAUUCCUCAGGUUGAGCUUCGUAACCUCGAAUCCCAAUUUCAUUUAGCAAGGAAUCAGUUAGGCCGCGUCACAUUGGCAGAUUUGUCAGCAGUGAUGUUGCAAUUAAAGAAUUUCAAUGAGCUAUUUACGGAGCAGGAGGUUAAAGCAAUUUUGAGUGAGUCAGACCUUAGCAUGGAUCAGGAAAUUGAUUACGAAUCCUUUCUUCAAGCAUAUAUAAAUAUAUACGAAGUAGCUCAAACUAAGUCAGGUGGCCAAAAGUUCACAGGUGCUACUUCAUUCCUCAAGACAAGUACUACCACCUUUACCCAGUCGGAGAAAGCCUUCUAUGUUUCGCACAUUAAUAGCUACUUAGGGGACGACUUAUUUCUGAUGGAUUUUCUUCCUCUAGAUCCAUCUACCAGUGCUUUGUUUGAUCUUGCCAAGGAUGGUGUUUUACUAUGCAAGCUCAUCAACAUGGCUGUCCCUGGUACGAUAGAUGAGCGGGCUAUUAAUACAAAACGCAUUCUUAAUCAUUUGGAAAAGACUGAGAACCACACUCUGUGCCUCAAUUCUGCCAAGGCCAUAGGCUGCAGUGUAUUGAACAUCAGCACGCAAGACUUAGCCGAAGCUAGACCCCAUCUGGUACUUGGUUUAAUAUCCCAGAUAGUAAAGAUGCAGCUUUUAGCUGAUCUCGAUUUCCACAGAACUCCUCAGCUAUUGGAAUUGGUGGAAGAAGACCAGUAUAUGGAGGAGUUUUCGUGUUUAGCUCCUGAAGAGAUUCUUUUAAAAUGGAUGAAUUUCCAACUGAAGAAAGCAGGAUAUGAAAAAGAGGUUACAAAUUUUUCAUCCGAUUUAAAGGAUGGGAUGGCCUAUGCACACUUGCUUAAUGUUCUUGCCCCAGAACAUAGUACCACUGCCACAUUAGAGGCAAAAAGUCCGGCUGAAAGAGCAAAAUUGGUUCUUGAACAAGCAGAAAAACUUCAAUGCAAAAAAUGUGUUACUCCAAAAGAUAUCCUUCAGGGCUUGACAAAUCUAAAUCUUGCAUUUCUUGCAAACCUGUUCCACAAUAGGAAUGGUCUGUCACAAGAAAACGCAAAACAUUCAUUUGCAGAGAUGAUUACUGAUGACUCUGAAACUUCAAGAGAAGAGAGAUGUUUCCGGAUGUGGAUCAAUAGUCUUGGAGUUGAUACACAUGUCAAUAAUUUGUUUGAGGACAUUAGAAAUGGAUGGGUUAUACUGGAAGUUCUUGACAAAGUUGCCCCUCAAUCAGUCAACUGGAGGAAAGCAACAAAGCCUCCAAUUAAGAUGCCUUUUAGAAAAAUUGAGAAUUGCAACCAAGUUAUAGAUAUUGGGGAGAAGUUGAACUUUUCCCUUGUAAGUGUUGAUGGAAGCGAUAUCGUACAAGGAAACAAGAAGCUCAUACUAGCUUAUCUAUGGCAGUUAAUGAGGUUCAGUAUACUCAAACUAAUAAAGAACCUGAGAUCUCACUCCCAAACAAAGGAAAUAACUGAUUCUGAUAUUAUAAAUUGGGCAAAUAACAAAGUGAAAAGAUCAGGCAGAACACAUCAGAUUGAGAGCUUUAAGGACAAAAGCCUCUCAGAUGGGAUUUUCUUUCUUGAGCUGCUUAGUGCUGUCGAGCCACGAGUUGUCAACUGGGCUCUUAUCACUACCGGUGAAAAUGUUGCAGAUGAGGAUAAGAAGUCAAAUGCAACAUACAUAAUUAGUGUUGCGCGAAAGCUAGGGUGCUCGGUUUUUUUGUUGCCUGAAGAUAUCAUAGAGGUGAAGCAGAAGAUGAUCCUCACUCUGCUGGCUAGCAUCAUGUACUGGAGUCUCAACCAGAGGGGCAGGGCGAGACCCUCUUCCAAAGAGUUUGAGUCUGAUACUCAAACUGCAUCACUAGUGUAUGAAGAUAGUGACUGUGAUAAUAAUCGGAUUGAUAAUGCAUCUGGGGAGAUGCAAGAAUCUGAAGAACCUUACAAGCGAAUGCUAAAGGAACAACAUUGACAUAUUUGUAAAAAAGACAAAAACAAAACUGAAAUUGUAUAUUCUUUGUUCUGUGAUUACUUCGGAGAAAUUUAUAUACUUGUAUGCUCCUCGG